AGUGAUUAAAAUCCACAAAUACAUCCAUCCUUAAUUUAUAAAUGAAAAGUGAACAGGCCGGUAGGGGGCGCAUUAUAAAACUGCUUGUUUGCAGCCCCGAAGCCUAAAACACUGCAGAAGAAGAAGAAUUUUCGCGCCGGAUAAAAAAAAAAAAAUACUACUAUGAAGCAGCAGGAACAUGGCGUCGUCCAGGAAGAACAGCAACAAACAACUUAGCCACGAACAAAUUAUCAACCGCUGGAGUUUCGACUUUUACAUCUUUAAAGCUUUCGAGGCGUUUCGCAACGAAGACUAUGAGAGUUUCAUCGAGCUCAGGAACCUCAUCGAGAGUUUGGUGGUCAGACCCAUUGACGGACACACUGACAUGACCAUCAAACUGCGAUUCCUGCAGUUCCUCUCACGGAUCAUUGACGGAGACAAACUUGAUGUUACUUUUGAAAAGCCUCUAACACCUCUUGAAUCGGCACUGAGCGUGCUAGAAUCCAUCUGUACAGAAAUGGAUGUUCCACAAGAGAUACUCGAGCGAGUUCACAUCUCAAUCAGGGAAAUGCUUAUUGUUGUUUGCAUAAAGAGCAAACAGUUUGAAAAAGCUCAGGAGUUGCUGCAUAAACACUUUCCCAAAGGAAUGGACUCAGCUGGCAAGAAAAAGCUCUAUGUGGAUCUGAUGAAAAGACGAUGCAGCACACAUUCAGUUCUGAACGUGAUCUCGUACAGUGAAUUCAAACAGGACAUGCUGGACUUCAUCGAGAAACUCCACCACAUUCCAGAGCCUUUUUUAGUCAAGAUGGUCAAAGUCUCAAGACAAGGAAAGACUGUAGAUGUCGGGGCCUCAUGUAAGCCUCAAGCCGUUAGGGCUAGCAACGUCCAGUCGUGUACACAGGACAAAGCGAACCGCAAACAUACGGUUCUCCUGCGCAAUUCUCCAUCCAAUUCGCAACAGAACACACCAACCAAAAAUAACCUAAGUAGAGCUCCUUCCCCUGCUCUUUUGGUAACAGUGCACCUGACCCAGGGCAACCUGAAAGCUAUCUAUCCCAAGCUUGCUGAGCAAUUUUCUGUCUCUGUCCCCUUCACUCAGCUGGAGGAGGAGGUGGAACAUGAGGCACAGCAGGAGAACGAAAUCGAUCGUAACAUGGAACUCUGUCUCAAACUCACAGAGACUCCAAUGGAGGAGGUUUGGGAAGAAAGGGAGCAGAGUUCGUGUGUGUGUGAAGAAAGGCCCUCUGAUGACAGUUUGCAGUCACAGCAGCAGUGUGAUGAGUGCUGCACUUCUGUGCAGUCUGAUGCCAGAAGUAAAACAUCAGUGCCCGUGAAACACUGCACAAACCGAGAUGUGGAACAGGAAGAAGAAAGUUCAGAGGUCACACCUUCACUAGUAGAUACACAUGUCCAUCCACCUGCUUUGUCUGCUGAGAAAGGCCCUGCUGGUGUUGUGUCUGGAGUGAGCGUAACUCAGUUGGUGAUGGAGCAGGACAGUACGCCAAGUGAACUAGAAGCCUCUGAUUCUCAGCCUCUGACUCCCAGUCCGCUGCAGGUACGCUCUAACAGAGAGGAUCCACUCAGCUCGCUGUCCGUCAACUCUACACCGGUCCGGAAAUACCGCAGACCAGCUCCUCACAGUAAAACAGAGCCUGCUUCCCAAUGGAAGCUUGAAGUGCCUCGGAGCUGUUCCACCCCCAGCAGUGUCGAAAACAGCCCUCCUCCUGCCCAGUGCACAUGUGAUAAGGAAUGUGAGAAACAAGCAACGAAGAGGCUGCACACGAGGAGUGAAGGACAAAGUGAAGAUAGUGUAGAAAGCAUUGUGAUAGACUCGCCACCAUCAGCAAAACAGCCUGAAACCUCCCGUAGAUUGCAUUGGAUGGAUGUGUCUGGAGUCCAGGAAGAGUGGAGUGAUGAAGAGUCACUGUUCUCCGUUUCCACUAAAACAAGUAAAGGUCAGAGCUCAAGUGAUAUUUAUUCCAAAAGGAAGAAGUGGACUGAUGACGAGUCUGACUGGGUGAAGCAAGGAGUUGCCCGUUACGGAGUAGGACGAUGGGAGAGGAUUAAGAGAGCGUUCCCUUUUAAAGGCCGUACAGCAGUCAAUAUCAAAGAUCGCUGGCGCACCAUGAAAAGAUUAAAGAUGGUGUAGACUUGUAAACAAGACAACAUGCAAAAAAAAAAAAACAAAUGUUGAGAUAUUUUUGUACAUGCCCUCACUGUCUGCUUUAUUAGUAUCACCUGUACACCUCAUUCUUGUAAUGAUCUAAUCAGCCAGUCAUGUGACCGCAGCACAGUACAUACAAUCAUGCAGAUACAGGUCAAGAUUCUGAUGUUUGAUGUAAACACUAACUGAAGCCCUUGACCUGUAUCUGCAGGGUUUUAUGCAUUGUGCUGCUGCCAAUGUGUACAGGUGUUCCUAAUAAAGUGGACAGUGAGUGUAUAUCUAAGAAGGCAUUUUGAAACCGAGUUUGAAAUUGACAGCUCGUUUACGUUAACACAUGUAAAGAUAUUUGUUUUGAAUCCUUGUGUACGGCAUCGUGUCAAGGUUGAGUAAAAGUUGGAAUAAACAUCAAAUAGCAGAAAACGGGCAUCGUUGAUGUCAUUAGCCUACUUAUAUAAAAUGCACUUUUUUUUUUCCUUAGCAGAAAUGCCCCAGGUAACAGUGGCCGUGCUUCUAUAUAUUUAUAGAAAUGUUUGUAAUAUAAGUGAAAUGCGCAGUCAGUGAUCUUAAUUAUCUAAGACUGUCCAAGUGCAGGUAUUAUGGCCUGUCUAAUACAUUCAACAAUAUUGUAGAUUCAGACGUCUUUAAUCUACACUCAUAGUUUAUAGAUUAUUUUUCAUGAAUAAAUACCUGCACGUUUUGCAUAUAAAUUUUUCAUUUUAUAGUGCAGCCCUUCAGAAAGGUAUGUAGGUGUGAAAAAAAUAUCAUCUCUGCUCCUCUGUUGUAUAUUCUUGCUCAGAUUUUUGUUCACAGAACAUUAUUAAAAACGAAUCAUGUAAAACAGUGAA